GCUGUCGUAGUCACAAGAGGUCCACAUGAAAUUAAUGCUGUGUGCAAGCGAACAGACCAAUUCCUCGAAUGGUCUGGCCUAGAAGUCAAUGCAGCAAAAUGUUCAACUUUUUCACGUCGGAGGCUGAUUCAUCCAACUGUCUUUGACCCGGAAAUCUCUAUACAAGGGCAAAAGAUUCCAUUCUUGUCACACAAGAAAAGCUACAAGUACUUGGGUCUUCCAAUUGCGUCUGAUCUGUCUCAUGCCGACAUUUCAAGAGAGCUUCUGGAGACUACUAAGAAUUUAUUGAAUAAAGUCGAUCAAACAGCCGUUUCCCGAAUGAAUAAAUGUCUUCUCUAUAAGAGAGCGGUGCUACCGCGGCUUUCAUGGUUACUGAGCAUUGCAUCUAUUCCUUUGUCAUGGAUCGAGCAAUCAUUGGACAGUGUAGUCACGAAAUUCUUAAAAAAAUGGGUCGGUCUUGCUCAUUCAGCAGCUGUCUCUCGCCUUUUCCUUAACACCAAGAACGGCGGCCUCCAACUUGGCCAACCGUCAGAUUCUUUCAAGAGACUACAGUCUUGCAACCUGCUUCGAUUUACUAAAUCAAAUGACGAAUGCUUGAGAGCCCUGGCAACUAUAAAGAUUUCAAGAGAGACUGAGUUGUCAUCAACCAGAUUUAGUGCCGGCAGUUUCUUGGCAACUCUUGAUACUUCGCCUGGGUGCCUGCAAUCAAAAAUAAAGAACAUCAAAAAGACGAUUACGGAAUCAUCAAAUAAUCGUCAUUUGUCACAUCUUACCUCCCUGUCUGUACAAGGUCAAGCGGCUCGAUUCAAGGACGUGGAAGCUGAGCACUUUGCCUUGUCCCUAAAAUCUCUACCCGAUGACUUGUUCAAAUGGGCAAUAAAUGGGCUCCAGGACACCCUCCCAUCAGCAACCAACUUACAGUUGUGGAAGAAAAUUUCGUGCAAUCAAUGUCCUCUCUGUCACCAACCCCAAUCGCUGUGCCACGUGCUAAAUGCAUGUCCCAGUCUACUUGAUCGAGGUUUGUACAAACAGAGACACGACAAUACGCUGAGACUAUUUGUGGACUUUCUAAAACGUCAUCUUAGUCAACAGUUUUCCAUAGUAGCCGACCUACCAGAAUCAGUAUACAAUUUUCCUGUCGAUAUAACCUGUACCUGCCUUCGUCCAGACAUUGUUGUUUGGAAUGCCGUCCUCAAAAAGGCCUGGAUGCUUGAGCUGUCGGUCCCAUUCGAAACAGUCGUGGAAGAAACGAAGGCCCGGAAAGAACGCCGCUAUGCCCAACUUGUCAAAGAUGCUAACCAUCAGUAUAAGACGGAGCUUUUGCAUCUCUUGGUUGGGUCGAGAGGAUUGAUUUUUCCUGAAACUCGACGAGCAGUCUGCAUGUUGUGCAAGCCUCUUCAACGCGACUUGGACGAUCUGUUUCAAGCUGUCAUUCAUUCCACCCUGAAAGACUCUUUUCGAUGCUGGUUGGCAAGAAGAGACAACAUCUCUUAACUUAAAAGUGUUUUUUUUGUUGUUGUAAUUUCUGCUUUUAAUCAUUUGUGAUGUAUAGUCUUCGACUGGACCUCUACAUAGUACUCCAGAACUCUACUUCUGUUAUAGUGCUACCAGUCCUGUAGACGCUUAUUGUACUGUAUCGUUCGGUAUAUUACAAUAAAGGACCUUUCAUAGAUAGAUAGAUAGAUAGAUAGAUUUUAUUGAAUAAUUUCUUUCUCUAGCACAAAAGACUAAUGAAAACUGCUGUCUAUUCUAAUGAACGUAAGACUGAACGUCUGUGAAAGCAAGGUCAAGCGAAGAAAAAGCAUAAAUUAGUCUUUCCAGCUUCCUUAGAAUAACUUUAGCAUUGCCUUUCUGAAGUGCAACGCUAAUCCGGCGUCUAGACACUGACAUAAAAUCCUUUUUGUUGUAUUGACCAUAUUCAUCCUUGGAGCGAUCCCCUAGGGACUUGAGGAAGUUAAUGGCUUCCUUGCCCCAUCUCCCAAAAUGUUCAUGUACCAAGGGGAUGACAUCUGGACGUUGUCCUCCUGGAUGGUGAAAUUGCUUGUACUUCUCUU